CCACUGCAAAUCCCUCACCAAUCUGAGCAAGUUGUCUGGGGAGUUGGUUGGGGGGAGCCCGAAUCAAGGAAGGUUCAGGUAUGAACCUUGUCCGCCGGCAAGCGGUUGUCCGCCGACAACCAGGGGCUCCGGGAGAAUAAACGACAGCCGGACAACGUAGGGGCAUCCACCUCUCCAAGUUCGGCCCAGGGCAGGUGGAAGCUAAACGGAUGCGGAGGAUGGAAGAAAAGAGAGUGUCCAGGCCUCAGGCAUGGCGAUGCCCUAAGGCCGGCGUGGCGGUGACAGUGGUAUCCGGAGGGUCGUCCUGGGCAGCGCAGCGGGGGCUGGGGGCCCGGCGGCUCCCGGCAUGGGCAUCCGGAGAGGAAGGAGUGUCCCGGGCUAGGCAGGGCGGGUUUCCGUUCGCCGUGGCUGCGCGGGCAGAGUCGGCAGUGCGGGACCGCGCCACCGCCGCACACUCUCAGGUACCGACAGCUCGGCUGCGCGCGGGGAGGCGGCUGGCUGUCCGCACCCGGCCGGGAUGAGGUACAGAGGACCCGUACCCACGAUCCUCUGGGGGUUCUCGGCGGCGCGAUAAUUUACUGCUCUCGCGAUAUUCUCAGAGAUUCGCGUCGUAGCCCCCGCUUAUGCGGUUACCAAGGCAACUGGGCGGCCCCAGCGCGAGCGGGAGGGCGGAGUACGUCGAAUUUUUGUAGGCUAGCCUGGGAGACUUGAGGAGUGCCUCUCCCUGAGCUUCCAGUCCCAGAGACCACGGCCUCUGCUCCAGGAGGUAACCCUUACCCAGGGGGCCAUGGGUCGGAUCUCGGGACUCGUGCCCUCUCGCUUUCUGACGCUCCUGGCGCAUUUGGUGGUCGUCAUCACCUUAUUUUGGUCGCGGGACAGCAACAUCCAGGCCUGCCUGCCUCUCAAGUUCACCCCUGAGGAGUAUGAAAAGCAGGACAUGCAGCUGGUGGCAGCGCUCUCUGUCACCCUGGCCCUCUUUGCAGUGGAGCUGGCCGGUUUCUUCUCAGGAGUUUCCAUGUUCAACAGCACCCAGAGCCUCAUCUCCAUUGGGGCUCACUGUAGUGCAUCUGUGGCCCUAUCCUUCUUCAUAUUUGAGCGUUGGGAGUGCACCACAUACUGGUACAUUUUUGUCUUCUGCAGUGCCAUCCCAGCCGUCACCGAAAUAGCAUUAUUCAUCAGCGUCUUUGGGCUGAAAAAGAAACCUUUCUGAUACCUUCGUGACUGGAAGUAGGGAUGAAGGCUGGAGAAGCGAGGGACCACUCACUGUUCCUGGAAGAAGGAAACCAUAGACUUCAGCCCUCCCCCUAAAACUGCAUUUGGUGGAGGAUGUCAGUGUUAGGGUAAUUGUCUCUCGAGUCUGGAGUUACGAGUUUUGUUUACAGUUCUUCGUAAAAAAAAUAUAUUUUAGGGUAAGAUCAAGACUUACUGGAAUUCCGUGGCGGUACAGUGGUUAGGACUCCGCGCUUCCACUGCAGGGGGCGCGGGUUCGAUCCCUGGUCGGGGAACUAAGAUCCCGCAUGCCGCGCAGCGUGGCCAAAAAAAAAGAUAGAUCAAGACAUAAAAAUUUCAGGAGAAAAUUGGGGUGGCCAAUCUACUAUAGAAACGGAACAGUCUUGCACUCUAAGAUACUAGAUGUCGCUUUUAUUUUGGUUAUUACGGUAGAUUUCUGGCGGAAGGGAGUGGGCGGGGAUAUGUAAAUAAAGUGAGGCGGCCGGGUAGGACAGCAGGCUCUUAAGUGAGUGGAGCGUUCUGGGAGGAAUUAGCCUAUGCUUUUUUGACGCCAAAUGCAAAAAUAUAUUUUAUAACAUCUGCAAAUAAAUGUAGUAACAGAAAUGGAAGAACCUAGAUAGCUUUAGGUUGCUCAGGGUAACGUGUUGGGUUCUCACCCUCUCUCAAAGUGGAAUCUUUUUCCCAGAGUACGGAAUGCCCCAGAGUUUUUUUGUAUCGUCAGGUAGGAUAAUCCUUACCUGUUUCUCCUUUUGGAGAACAGAAUAGAAUAUGAUGAUUGGAGCACGCAUGAUUUCGUGAUUAACGGCUGUGCGUAAUCAGGCUUUGCAACAUCCUGAUUGCUCCUCUCUGAUUCUUU